AUGGGCUUUUGGUCUUCACUUGUCAACUCCGCCAGCCAGGCCGUCCACUGGGUAUCCAAUAAUGCAGGAAACAUUGGCGAUGCCGCGAAAGUGGUCGCCGGUGUGAUCGGUGCUGUUGCCAUGAGUGAGGAUGAACUGGCGGCGGAAGGCAACAACAUUUUACCUACCUUCUACUCACAUAUUCUCAAAGCAGAAGUGAAGCUCUCUGAGGUAGCAAAGGAGAAAUUGGGGAGUCCCGUUACUGCGAACGAUGAGAAUGUGAAAACCGUGGAUUUGCCCGGACUCUGGCCGAGUCCUGGUGGCACUGUCGAGAAUCCAACCGUGGUUCCUGGAAUUUCCGUUGACAUCAACAAACUGCUGGUGCUGAAGAAUAUCCCAAAUAACAUCAAGUCCUCAAAUGGCCAAGUACAAGAUCUUGGAGAGUUGAUUGCCAACCAGCUUUUCGACUUCCAGCAGGCAGUCCCCCUCGACAAGGAUUCCGCUAUCUUCACCAUUCCUGUUAAUAUUCUUAAUGAAAAAACAAAGAAGCCUAUUAUCGGAGGCGGCAUGGCAGCUUAUAAAAUACCUCUUGGCAAUGCAGGAAGCUUCGACGCCUGGCACUCUCAUAUUCGCUUGCACUAUAUUUACAAUGAUACGGAUGAGAGGAAGUUCCGCGAGGAGAAGCUUGCCCUUGCCAUAAAGCCAGGCCCUACCAACCCCGAGACUGCUGGUGCCUACAAUAUUACCACGAUCUCUGCACAGUGGAACGGAUCUCGUGCGAUUGCACCUCAAAUGACUGAGGCGGUCAAGAAGGUUGUCAAGGAUUCGAAAGGCAAAGUUACUGUUCUGGGCCCUGCUGUCAUCGACGGAACCAGGUUUAAGUACCAAUUCCAGACAGCCGUCUCAGUUGGACCAGCACAGGUGGCUGCCCAGUUGUCCACUGCCCUUUCGUUCGUUUUGCCCGACCCGACCCCGGAGAAUCCCCUUCCUCGGAUGCCAACGAUUAAGGUCUCAAACGUUCAGACCUACGUUUGA